CCGAGUGAAAGUAUCGUCGUUUUUUUCUUACACCACCGCGCAUUCACAUUGGACACAUCGACAGCGCGUUUCAAUCUAUUUUCGAGGCUUUUCUGUCAUUACCGUCUUCGUCUACUAACUACAGUGGUCUCCUGUAAAGAGAAUUUAUAAUUUUAAUAAAACAAAUUAAAUUUUAUAAAUAAAAAUAAAAUGAAAAACUAUUUCCUUCUGCUGCUGCUUGUCAGCCCACUCAUUAUUUGCACCUUCAACAGUCCUAAAACAUUUUCCGCCUUCGCUGAAGAUGACAUCGAAGAUGACCUUGUUGAUGUGGAAGGUGAUGAUGGAGCAGUCACUGGCGAAGACGUUGAAGUAGAUGACGAAGGUGAGACAACAAAGUCUCCAAAUGCUGACACUUUCUUGCUCUUUACCAAACCUUUGUACACUCCUGGAGUGCAACUCGAUUUGCCUGGUGGCAAACCCGUUGAAUUCUUGAUUGGAUUCUCUAACCAAGGCCAAGAUGACUUUGUCAUUGAAACUGUCGAAGCUUCUUUCCGUUAUCCAAUGGAUUUCAACUACUACAUUCAGAAUUUCUCUGCUGUCGCUUACAAUCGCGAGGUCAAGUCUGGUUAUGAAGGAACCGUCUCGUAUUCCUUCCUUCCCUCUGAUACCUUUGCUGGUCGUCCAUUCGGUUUGAACAUUGGUCUUAACUAUCGCGACUCGAACGGUGCUCAUUUCACUGAGACCGUCUUCAACGAAACUGUCCUCAUUUCUGAAGUUGAUGAAGGUUUGGAUGGGGAAACUUUCUUCUUGUAUGUUCUUCUCGGAGGAAUCGUGAUCCUCCUUCUGGUUCUUGGUCAACAGAUGCUUCUUGGAACAGCUGGCAAGAGGAAGCGUUUCACCACAACAAAGAAGACCAUCGAAACUGGAACAACCAGUGAUGGAAACAUCGACUAUGACUGGGUUCCAGAGGAGACUCUUCGUGCUCUUCAAAAAUCACCACCCAAAUCACCAAAAUCCAAGACUUCUCCCAAGCCCAAGGCUAGCCAAAGCCCAAAGCAAAGCCAGAGUCCCAAGCAGAGGAAAGUGAAACGCGCAGCUGGCUCUGAUGAUUAGAAGAUAAGAAAGACUGUACGGUAGUGUUCUGUAAUUUAAAUGAGAAUUAUGAGUUUUUGUAGAGCUUGAGAAGUUUUUUGUCUUCGUUACUUGAAGACCUUUAAAAAAAUAAUUUUCUUUAUUUUUUCUUUUCUUUUUUUUUUUUGAUACUCUUAUGUUUAUGUUCCAUAUAAUAUUUUUUUUUUUUAAAUAAAUUUCAUUUUAAGUUAAUCCGUAAAAAAAAACUAAAAAAAAAAAAAUUAUAAUAAAAAAAAGCAAUGUUGAGUUUCAUCGCCUGUGCGCUACAAUAAGAUCGACGUGGAUAUUUGAUGUUUUUUUUACUGACGAAUUUUUUUGUCCUAGUAGAAACUUAUUGUGGCACACAAUAAACAUUUGAUAAAAAGAGAAAAAAAUAAAGAAAUUCA